AUGUCAGACUCUAAUGAUACGCCGCCUAUUCAACAGAAUGUGGCAGUUGGUUACUGGGGCGCGAAUGAGAAUCCCAAAGUCAAUCACAUAAUAUCUCACAUUCGAAACAUUGGUUAUGAGUUUAUAGUUCUUCCUGUUUCGCGUUCGUCCUUUAGUCGAGUCCUUUUUGAAUCUACACCAGAGGACGAAGAGACGAAGCAAGUAUUCUUGAGAAACAUGGAAGAGUGGAGGGCUGGAAUUCCGUUUUCAAGAGAAGAAUUAUGUUUGCAAAGUGCUGAGUCCCUGGAAGUAGCCGUGGGACUUACAUCUCCGUGGAUAGAUCUGGACUCGACUGAUUCGCGAAUUCGAACCAAUUCAGAAAUUGCAUUGAGACAAGAAUUCGCCUGGGCUAUCUACCUGGGCAUUGGAACUGUUAUGAUUCAUCCUCCCAAGUCCGAAUUCUGCAACUAUGCGCGAACUGUAUGGUCGAUAAUUAACGGAACGGGCCAUCCAAGUGUAUGGAUGCAGUUGCCAUUAACUCUCGAUAGUGAUGAACCGCGUAAGAAGGAAACAGGCAGUUGGGAACAAUGGACCAAGUUUAGAACUCUUUGCAGUCAUGAUACAAGACUUGGAAUAGCCUUGUACAUCACCGCUGACUUGCCAAGUGAGAAGGUUCUUGAGAGAUGGAUUGCAGAACCAGUCAGAGCAGUUAUAAUUCCUACCGAUAUAUUCUUGAUCAAUGCCAAAGGAUAUCCAGUGUUGAGUAAGAAACAUCAGAGUCUUGUUCGCUCCUUUUUGAAGUUGGGAGUAAAUUUCGUGAUACGCGACAGCAAAACUGAUCGAGAAGAGAACGACAGCACCGUGGAUAUAUAUAUGCAAUAUAUACGAUAUAUGAAUCGAAGCGGUCCAGAAUUAAACGAAAGGGAAAAAUUCGCUACUGGAUAUCAGGAUUACCUUCAAUCUCCAUUACAACCGCUCAUGGACAACCUUGAAUAUUCGAUUUAUGAAACAUUUGAAAAAGACCGUGUAAAAUACAUACUAUAUGAACAGGCUGUACAUCGUGCACUACUUGACCGUGUACCUUCAGACUCUGACGAAAUCACAGUGAUUGUAGUAGCUGGUGCUGGUCGAGGUCCACUGGUGACUCGAAGUCUUAAAGCUGCCGAAAAAGCAAACAGAAAAGUUCGCGUAUAUGCAGUUGAGAAGAACCCUAAUGCGUUUGUAACUUUGGUCAAUACAAUAAGUUUGCAGAAUAUGAAGGCACAAGUAUGGGACGAUAAUGUGACAAUAGCUUUCUCAGACAUACGACGUUGGAAUGCUCCUGAAAAGGCUGAUAUUCUUGUAAGCGAACUUUUGGGCUCAUUUGGUGAUAAUGAAUUAUCUCCAGAAUGCUUAGAUGGUGCACAGAAAUUUCUAAAGCCCGAUGGAAUUUCAAUACCUAGCUCGUAUACUGCAUUUAUCGCACCUUUGUCCUCUGCAAAAUUAUUCGCGGAAGCCGCCAUGCACAGAGAUUGGGAAAUGCCAUAUGUCGUCAUGUUUCAUGCAUGUACUCAACUUGCUUCACCAAAGUCAGUUUGGACUUUUGAACAUCCUAACCGAUUAUUGACUGUCGACGAGCAAGGUAAUCCGAUAACAAAUUAUCAUAAUGUGCGAUAUUCAAAGGUUACCUUUGAUUUGGCAGAAAAUGGCAUAUUACAUGGGUUCGCCGGCUAUUUUGACUGUGUGUUAUAUAAAGAUAUUAAAAUGAGUAUACAUCCUGAGAGGCAUUCUACGGGAAUGUUCAGUUGGUUUCCAAUAUUUUUCCCACUGAAGGAACCAAUACAUUUACCGCGGGAAACGUGUAUUGAAGCACAUUUCUGGCGCCUCACGAGUCAGUCGAAAGUUUGGUACGAAUGGGCUGUUGAUUGCAGUAUUUCAACGAUACAUGAAAACGUUCCGGUUAAUGUAUCAGUCAUACAUAACCCAAAUGGAAGAUCUUAUUGGAUUGGAUGUUGA